CCCUAUCCCCCACCCCCCUUCAACCACCGCUAUUAACAACACUUGUUUCCCUUAUUCAUAUAAUAGCUAAGAUAAUGUACUUUAUGUCAACAUGAUUGCAUAGUAUCUUCAGGCUCUGCUUUUCUCUUUGAACUAAAUUCGUGGUUGUGCAACAUCAAGUCUACGCAUGUUAUGUCGGUUACAUCACCAUCCCUAUCACACCACAUUCAUUUCUCCAAGGGCGAAGCUCAGCCUGUACCACCUUGAAACCUCGACCUUUCUCCCACACACAAAAUACUGAAUGCGUUUACGUUGGGCCAAGCAACCCACGGAAGCAAUUGAAAUAGUACUCUUUGUCACCCACUACCACUAACAUGCUAACCGAUGCCUUGGUGGUCGCCACGCCUGGCGGCCCAUUCAAAUACCAACAAAUCCAACUCGACGACACAUUGCGACCUGAUGAAGUAUUGGUACAAAUCAAAGCAACAGGUCUAUGUGAUCUAGACUUGACAUUCUCACGGGAGAAGUCCAUGCCUGAAAUGUUUCCAGCAGUUCUUGGCCACGAAGGCGCCGGCAUUGUAUCACGCAUCGGCUCUCAAGUCACCCAAGUCGCCCCCGGAGACCAUGUCAUCGUCUGCUACUCCUCUUGUGGCGACUGCAAGUACUGCGAUCGCAAAGAGACGGCGUACUGUGACUCGUGGUUCCAGUACAACUUUGGAGGCGGCCGGUUGGACGGUUCAAAGACUUUCUCGUCGCUGCGUGACGGCAAAAAGAUCACGUCGCAUUUCUUCGGUCAGAGCAGUUUUGCCCGUCAUAUCGUGGUGGCAGAGAAUGGAUUGGUCAAGGUCGAUAAACAUAUUCCCUGGCAUGUUCUGGCUCCUCUAGGGUGUGCGGUCAUGACUGGUGCAGGAGCUAUGCUUAAUGUCGUGGUACCUACAAGUGACAUGGCGGUUGUGGUAGUCGGAGUCGGUGCCGUGGGAUUAUCGGCUAUCAUGGCCUUGAAAUUGUUGGAGCAUCCUCCUCGCAAAAUCAUCGCCGUCGACGUGGUAUCCUCCCGUCUGGAGCUGGCACGAUCUUUUGGAGCAACCCACGGCAUUAAUUCAAAAUUCCGUCCGGAUCUGAUGAAGGUCUUAUUGGAUAUUACGCGUGGGAGAGGUGUCGAUGGCGCCAUCGAUACCACCGGGAAACCAGAUUCCAUCAAAAGUCUCAUCCACAGUGCGGCAAGGAAGGGCAAGGUCGUAACAGUGGGCGUGGGUGAUCUCACAGCAGAAACCUCACACAACAUGUUUGAGAUGAUCAACUCGGGGUGCAGCUACAUCGGGUGUAAUCAGGGGGAUUGUUACCCUCAAGAGUUCCUACCAGAUCUCUUGACAGCGAAUGAACUAGGUCAAUUUCCGUACGAUAAACUCAUCAAGACAUAUCCUGCCAGGAAGAUCGAAAGGGCAGCCAAAGAUAUGGUGAGUGGCAAGACGAUCAAAGCAGUCUUGCUAUGGGAUUGAACGGGUAGAUGAGGACAAUGCUUAAUGGAGGUGACCAGCUUCAGCAUUUCUUACAUCUAGAUAUCUACCUAUCUAAUGUAAUAGUAUG